UCUCGAGCAUUGUGUGCCGUCCGUUCUUGCCUUUUAGAAACCAGGCUGGGCACAGAAACCCCCCGUGACCAAUCAGAGGAGGGGAGCCCAGACCCAGAGGUCCAAUCGGGGCAGAGAUCUGGGUAUAAAUGCUGCAGUCCAUCACCUGUCAGAGCUGGGCGACCCUACAUUAGGUGGACAGGAUCUGAUCCCGGGAUCUAUUACCUCUUCUUUUUCUUCUAAACAGCUGGAGCAAGAACCGCAGCCAUGACGAAGAACUGCCACAACGACUACAAGAUGAAGUUCACGACGGACGAGGAGUUCCCCGACCUCUCUCUGCACAACAACCACAUGGCCAAGGUGCUGACAAAGGAGAUCUACGAGAAGCUCAGGAGCAAGUCCACCCCCAGCGGCUUCACCGUGGAUGAUGUCAUCCAGACUGGUGUGGACAACCCUGGUCACCCCUUCAUCAUGACCGUGGGCUGUGUUGCUGGUGAUGAGGAGUCCUACGAGGUCUUCAAGGAGCUGUUGGACCCGGUCAUCUCAGACCGUCACGGUGGAUACAAACCCACUGACAAGCACAAGACUGACCUGAACUUCGAGAACCUGAAGGGAGGCGAUGACCUGGACCCCAACUACGUCCUGUCCAGCCGCGUGCGUACCGGCCGCAGCAUCAAGGGCUUCACCCUGCCCCCCCACAACAGCCGUGGAGAGCGCAGAGCCAUCCAGAACCUGUCCAUCGAGGCUCUGUCCAGCCUGGAGGGCGAGUUCAAGGGAAAGUACUACCCCCUGGAUGGCAUGACCGACGCCGAGCAGGAGCAGCUGAUUGCUGACCACUUCCUGUUUGACAAGCCGGUGUCCCCCCUGCUGACCUGCGCCGGUAUGGCCCGCGACUGGCCCGAUGCCAGAGGCAUCUGGCACAACGACAACAAGACCUUCCUGGUGUGGGUGAACGAGGAGGAUCACCUGCGUGUCAUCUCCAUGCAGAAAGGAGGCAACAUGAAGGAGGUCUUCAAACGCUUCUGCGUUGGUCUGCAGAAGAUUGAGGAGAUCUUCAAGAAGCACAACCACGGCUUCAUGUGGAACGAGCAUCUGGGAUACAUCUUGACCUGCCCGUCCAACCUGGGCACUGGCCUGCGUGGCGGUGUGCACGUCAAGCUGCCCAAGCUCAGCACGCACGCCAAGUUCGAGGAGAUCCUGACCAGGCUGCGUCUGCAGAAGCGUGGCACAGGUGGUGUGGACACAGCCUCCGUGGGUGGCGUGUUUGACAUCUCCAACGCCGACCGUCUGGGCUCCUCCGAGGUGGAGCAGGUGCAGCUGGUGGUCGACGGUGUCAAGCUGAUGGUUGAAAUGGAGAAGAAGCUGGAGAAGGGAGAGUCCAUCGAUGGCAUGAUCCCUGCCCAGAAGUAAAGAGGACAGACAAGCCGUGGCCGUCUGCGUUUGUUUUUUAUUUGAUAAGAAAAAUGAACAAGUAGCGUCGUUGUGGUUAUUUACUGGUGUCGGCCAGACGGCUGCUUCCUCCUUACAUCGUUCCAGCCAAAGACACUCCACUGUUCUUUCUCCUGUUUGUCCACUUGUCCUAACAUCCUGGGAUCAAUCCAUGCAUAGUCUGGUCGUGGCUACGUGUACACGCCGAAGGAAAGCUUGUUGGUUGUAAAAGCACAUCUGGACUAUUAAACAAAGCCCCAUGUAACAAUCA